AUGCUUGUUUAUCCCCUUGUCCAUUGCCAACAGGGCUACAAAGUGGCCCGGGUAGAGCAGACUGAGACACCUGAGAACAUGUCCAAGAGAACCAGUGGCCGACCUGGCAGUGAAAAGGUUGUACGCCGCGAGAUCUGCCAGAUCGUCACCCCUGGAACUUGGUUUGCCAGUCUUCGCGGUGGCAUCUCCGAUAGCACUUCCAGCGUCGACGAUGAAGAAGAACGAAUGGAUUGUUCUCUGAAUGAGUCAUUUUCAGCCAGCAGUUACCAGAAACCCCUCAGCAGACUAGAUGCGGAGAGCAGCCAGAGUCGUCACCUGUUGGUCAUUUUGGAGGAGCGCUGUGCCAGCGACGGCUCAGCAGACUAG